CACUAGCAAUCGUCGAGGCCGUCGCGCUAGCUACCGGCUUUCCUAGGCUCCGCACUGCGCGUAAACGCCGUGUCGACCUGCGCAGCCAGCGCAUAGAUCGAAAGACAGACGAGCUCUACGUGCCGGCGCGCGAGACGAGCCGCAGCGCCUUAGUUAGGGCUUACUCAUAAAACCGCUGACCCGGAGCGGCGCGCGUUCUCCGGGCGGCGCCGCGACGACCACUGACCGGCGGCGCGGAAAAGCAGCCGUCGAGACUACAAACACACAAACGCCGGCGGCGCGGCGCGAGGGCCAUGGCCGCCGACGCCUCGAAGUACGGCAUCACCCAGCCGCUCGACGAGGCGCCGCCCCACGACGGCGACGAGGACUCGAGUGCCGCCCUAGUCACGGUCCUGAAAGCUCUAGGUGUCUACGAAUCGCAGGAAGGGUCGCGACGACGCGCCUCGCUGAUCGACGACGUCGCGGCCGAGUGCCAGCACUGGUGCCGCGAGGAGUGGCUCCUGCAGGGGAAUGAUCAUGAUUCUUCACCUAGAUGCGAGCUGAGGACGUUUGGCUCCGUUAAAUUAGAUGUCCACACGCCCGACGCGGAUAUUGAUCUUGUGUUAGUAGCGCCGAGGCAUUGUACUAGAACAGCAUUCUUCGACCGACUGGCCAAGCGCUUAGAGAACCGAGAGGAUGUAGGAGAAGGCAGGGUCAUGCCCGUCAGGGACGCCUACACGCCCGUAUUGAAGUUCCGGAUGAGUACGACGGACGUAGAUCUAUUGUUUGCUCCGUUAGACCUAGAAAAAUUACCUGAGCCCCUAGAUAUCAUGGACGACUCGCUGAUGAACGGUCUCGAUGACGUGUCCGUGCGGAGUUUGAAUGGUGCCCGAGUAGCUGAGUACUUGCUUGAUCUAGUACCGGAUCAAAGCGUAUUUAGAGUGGCCCUACGAGCGAUCAAAAAAUGGGCUAGGUGCAAAGGACUCUACAGCAAUGUGCUAGGGCUAUUGGGCGGCAUCAACUGCGCCAUCCUGGUCGCCUUCGUCUGCCAGAAGUACCCGUUAAAAGACCCCGCGGUCGUGCUGGAAAAGUUCUUCCGGAUCAUGGAGGUGUGGGAGUGGCCGAACCCCAUCAUGCUGCGGCAGCCUUCCGCCGACGACGCGCGGGCGUGGAACCCGCGGUGCUUAUGCAGUGUCCCUUUGUCAUGUGUCGCGACGACGGCGUCAACGCUCGAUAACGCAGGCUCAACCCCCGCGACCGCGCCCACCUCGCGCCCAUCGUCACGCCGGCGCACCCAUCCAUGAACUCGUCGUACAAUAUCGGCGCGCCGCAGCUGCGAGCCAUCAAGGAGGAGCUGACGCUUGGUAGAUCCGAAACGCGGAGGAUCCAGAAACUCGCUCAUUCUGAAACGCGGACGCCGAAGCAGCUCCAGCGGGCCUGGCGGAGGUUUUUCCGGCCGUCGGACUUCUUCGAGGCCCAUAGACACUACGUGCAAGUCGACGUGUCCGCCGACAGCGAUGAUGCCCUACGGAGGUGGACGGCCUGGUGCGAGUCUAGACUCAGGCAGUUCGUCGUGGCACUAGAUUUAGAAACGCCAGCCAGGGUCCAUGCCACGCCUCUGGAGAACACGAAUGGUGCGCGAAAAACGAGAUCUUUCUUCGUGGGACUUGUUUUCCGGACGGACAAGGAGGGCGUGAAGUUUAAGGUCGACCUGACGCCCCAAGUGCGCGAAUUCAGCGCGAGGGUGAACUGCUGGACGCUGCGGACGGAAGGCAUGGACCUUUGUCUCAGACAUACGAGUCGCGACGACUUGCCGCUCGAGGUGCGAACGGUGUAUGAUUCGUCGUCCGACGAGGAGGAGGAGGUCCAAGUCGACCCCGAGUCGGAGCGGCCCCAACCGGAGGACCCGCCACCAGCACAACCGGAGCGGAAGCAGCUCUCCUACGCGGACAUGCUCCGGCGCAAGGGCCUGCCCGUGAAGCGCGUCGCUACUACCUGACCCCCUUUUCAGUAAUGUUUUAGUAUAU